UCGUCACGCAAUUCCGAAACUGAAGCAAUUUAAAAGCUCCCACACGAUCCAACCUACCCUCAAAACUCCACACAAAUUAUUGUACCAUAUAUCCAUUACCAGUCCAGAUACCACAAUUCUCUUUGUCAUGGGUUCUAUUGGAAAUGAAAGUUCAAAACCUGAGGUUGUCACAGUUGAUGUGGUUACAGCCAAGUCUCUUAUCCAGACAACCCAUGUCUAUCUUGAUGUCAGGACGGUGGAAGAAUUCCAAAAAGGGCACGUGGAUGCAGAGAAGAACAUUAACAUUCCAUACAUGUUCAAUACGCCCGAUGGCAGAGUGAAGAACCCAGAUUUUCUGAAGGAGGUUUCGUCUCUUUGCAAGAAAGAAGACCAUCUCAUUGUGGGUUGUCAAAGUGGUGUGAGAUCUUUGUAUGCAACUGCUGAUCUUUUGGCUGAAGGGUUUAAGGAUGUGUACAAUAUGGGAGGAGGUUAUUUGGAGUGGGUAAAAAAGGAAUUUCCAGUGAAGAUACAUGUGACCAAAGACUCAAUUAUAUGAUUGUCCCCUUUUGAAUUUCUGAAUGCCUUCCAUGGAUAUUAUUAUAAUGCCCUUUUGCAUUUACCAACGUGUUCAUUAAGUUCUGUUUUUGGUAUGCUUAAGUGUAACCAUAUGAAGACAAGCCAAACUAUGUUUAAAGUUGUAUUUUAUCUACUUGAAUAUAUGCAAAAAAAAUAUCUAGGUUAAGCAAUCUA